AUGGUUGAAACGGGAUAUGCACACGUCAUAGCGUUCAACACACUGAUGAAUGGUCUUUGCCGCGAGGGCCGAAUGCUCGAAGCAGUAGCUCUGGUUGAUCGGAUGGUAGAAAAAGGUCAUCAGCCAGACAUUGUUACUUACGGAACCAUUGUGAAUGGAAUGUGUAAGGUUGGUGACACUGUCUCGGCCUUGAAUCUGCUUAGGAAGAUGGAGAAAAGCCACAUCGAAGCCAAUGUUGUAAUCUAUAAUGCCAUCAUUGAUCGUCUUUGCAAAGAUGGACGUCAUAACGAUGCUCAAAACAUUCUCGAUCAAAUGCACGAGAAAGGAAUUUUCCCCAAUGUUGUGACCUACAACUGUAUGAUAGAUGGUUAUUGCAACUAUGGUAAAUGGAGUGAUGCGGAGAGACUGCUGCGUGAAAUGAUUCAAAGGAAUAUCGACCCUAAUGUUGUUACUUACAAUGCAUUGAUCAGUGCAUUAGUCAAAGAAGGGAAGUUGUUUGAGGCUGAAGAAUUAUGA